AUGGAUACCGCAGCUGAGCUCAAUGAGCUCUUUGCAGCAACUUUCCCCGACGGCCUGCCGAAAGAUGUACUCGCCGAGCUCCAAUCCAUCCUGCGGGUGCAUUCGAUCACCGCGGAGGAGCUUUUCUACAAAUGGGAGUCCUACAGCAUGAAAAUGGGCGAGGAGGUCAAAUUGAGCAUGGAAACAGUGCGCGGAUUCAAGCAGGAUGUGCAGGAGGCUCUUGAGCGUGAGACUCGAGGCAAGGUUGGGCGACAGAAUGAAAAGAGGGUUGCUGUGAAUGCGACCCCGCGCGCCGCAGCAGGUACCGAUGUGUUUGGGAUGUUAGACGAAUUGACCCCGAAUACCUCGAAUAAUCGGUCUAUGAAUGUAGUAAAUGGCUCGGCCAAACGCAAGGCUGAGUUCUCGUCUCCUGCAACACCAAAGGUGGGACGAAUGGACAAUAUAGGCACACCAGGUGUUGUUAAGACACCUAGUUUACUGGCCAAUGCUACACCCGGAGGACCACCCGUUUCCUUCGCCGACAGACCAAAUGCGGGUCAAACUGUUGAAACACUUAAUGCGAAUUUAUCUCUGCCAGAAACCCCGAUGGCACCAUUCUCCGAAGCUCGAAUUCGACCCACGGCCAACACAGACCUCAAGAAAUUCGGUUACAAGCCGAUGGGAAUGAAGCUGUCGGAGGCAUCUGAAAUUCUUGAUGACCGCAUCGAUGAAUUCACAGCCAUCUUCCAGAAACACUACGAGUCGCAUGAUCUCACUUUUGGAAGUGCAGCUACCCAGAGCACCAGUGAGAUUAUCGCUGUUGGCCGAAUCGCCUCUGAUUCCCUGGAGGGGAAGCUCAAUCCUGCUUCGUUAGUCCUUGAGACUUCACGUCGAACUGGAGCAGGAAGACGAGUCCCCUUGAAGAUCGACUCAGUGCCAGGAUUGAACUUUUUCCCCGGUCAAAUCGUCGCUCUUCGAGGAAUCAACCCUUCGGGUGAAUACUUUACUGUCAAGGAAAUUCUUCCCAUUCCUCUGCUGCCACCUGCUGCGUCUCCGGCGUGUGCUCUUGACAAUAUUAAUGAGCGCCUCGAGGCCACGGGAGACAUUCCCCUGAAUGUGAUGGUUGCUGCCGGACCUUUCACAGCAGAUGAUAAUUUGGAUUUCGAGCCUCUCCAGGAGCUGUGCCAGAAGGCUGCUGAUAACUACGCCGAUUCUUUGGUCCUAAUCGGUCCAUUCUUAGAUAUCGAGCAUCCACUUCUUGCAUCUGGAGACUUUGAAUUGCCAGAUAUCAAGGGCCUUGACCCGGACACAGCUACUUUAACCACACUCUUCCGACACCUAAUCUCAACACCUCUGGCUCGACUAGUAGCAGCUGUGCCGAGCAUCACAGUUGUAUGUGUGCCCUCAGUACGCGAUGCGUUGAGCCGACAUGUCUCAUGGCCACAAGAACAGUUGCUUAAGAAAGAUCUUGGCUUGCCUAAACAAGUCCGCAUGGUUUCAAACCCCAUGACACUCUCCUUGAACGAGACUGUUGUAGGUAUGUGUUCUCAUGAUGUGCUCUCGGAGCUGCGCCGUGAGGAAGUGCUGCACGGAAAGCUCAACGAGGGUCAAUUGCUCACUCGGUUACCCAAAUACCUCGUUGAGCAACGGCAUUUCUUCCCCCUGUUCCCUUCAACCGCACGAUCGAAUCUCCCCAAGACAGGAUUCAAUUCCUCUCUGGCGACAGGUGCGAUGUUGGACUUGCCAUACAUGAAAUUAGGAGAAUGGUGGAAUGUUCGACCCGAUAUACUCAUUGUUCCUAGCAUGCUUCCGCCUUUUGUCAAGGUUGUCGACAGUGUGCUCGUGAUCAACCCAGGUACCUUGUCUAAACGUCGUGGCCCUGGUACCUUUGCCCAGAUUGCCAUUCACCCACGAUCCAUUUCAGAUGAGGAGCGCGAGCAAAAACAACUCGAUCACAAGCUCUACGAGCGUGCUCGGGUGGAUGUUAACCGGAUUUAA